CUACUUUCCACUCAUCUCGUCCUUCACCAAUCUCUCUCUAUCUCUCUACCACUCUUCCCAUCUUAGAACUUCAUAAACUCUCUUUUUUCUCUCUCUGCAACACAGAAAUAAGAUGGAAACAAGGGUGGGUCUGCUCACUGUAUGAUCUCUGUCCCUUCCUCACUGCAAAUCUAAGACCACAAAACACUGGAAAGCAAGACAAGCAAAAUGCCCAGAGAAUCAUCUUGGAAUUUGGUGUCUACAUCACCAUGUGUCCUCCAUCUUCACAUACAUGGUACCAUCUACAGACUAAACAGAGAACUUGUGGUUGCAAAAUCAGCUAAACUAGCUGUCCUACUCAAAGAGAGCCAACAUGAGGAGAAGCCUUCCCUUUCACUCCCAGACAUCCCGGGCGACACCAAAACCUUUGAGCUAGUUGCAAGGUUCAUCUAUGGUUGUGAACCAAAUAUCUCUGCUUCCAAUGUUGUCCCUCUAGCCUCUCUUGCUUACUAUCUAGAGAUGACAGAAAUUCAUAGCCCUAAUAACCUCUUGAACAAGACCCUUGACUUCUUCAAGCAGAGAGUCCUUCCAAGCUGGAAUGAAUCCAUUAAGGCCUUUAGAACUUCAGAGCAUGUUCUUAAGCAAGCUUCAUUACUUGGUUUGGUUGAUGCCUGUUUGGAUUCACUCACCAAGAAGGCACUUUCUGAUCCCCAUCUUCUUGGUGUAACAAUCCAAGAUGACAUUAAUGGAAAUAACAUUGGGGAGAGGUGGGUUUCAAGGAGGAGGCUUUUUGUUGAUGAAUCUCAAUCAGAAGAUUUAAACACAUUACCUCUCUGUCUUUAUGAGCUCAUCAUGUUGGCCAUGAUUCAGCGUGGUAUCCGAUCAGAAUAUGUAGCCGGUUCACUUUUCCGGUAUGCGAAGAAGUGGGCUUUCAAAGAAUCUGGAGAGGCAGGUGUAUCAAUGUAUGUGAAGAUGGUCCCUCAGAGAGAAGUCAUUGAAGUUGUGCAGAGGUUGUUGCCUGAUAAAAGAAGCCUAAUACCUUGCAAGCUAUUGUCUGAAAUGCUUCUAGCAGCGAUCGCCUUGCAAGCAAGCUUCGAUUGCGUAAGUGGGUUUGAACUUAGGAUUGGGAAACAACUUGAUGAAGCCAAGGUGGAAGAUCUCUUGAUACCUUGUCAAAAUUACGCGAGGGAAAUUCAGUAUGACACACACUGUGUCAAGAGAAUUUUGAAGAACUUCUAUGGGAAUUACCCAUCUAAAGAAGAUCCAUCUCAGCUAAUUACAGUUGCAGUGCUAAUGGAUGAGUUCUUGGUAAAGGUUGCUGGGGAUGUUGAUACGCAGAAGGAUACAUUUAUAUCAUUAGCAGAGAUGUCAGUUGCUGCGUCACAUGGGAUUGAAAAGAAUGCUGAUGGUAUAUACAGAGCCAUUGAUAUUUACUUCGAGAAACAUGGAUACCUGACAGAAUCAGAGAGGGAUGAGGUAUGCAGGAUGCUGGAUAUCCACAAUAUGUCAGCGGCAGCACGUAAGCAUGCCGCAAAGAAUGAGAGGUUGCCGCUGCGGGUGGUGGUGCAGGUGCUGUUUGUGGAGCAAUUGCAGCUGAGGAAUGUAUUUGUGAAUGAAAUGCAAGAUUUAGAGGAGAAGUGGGGAAGGGUGGAGGAGGAGGAGAAGGAGAAGGUGGUGGUGGUAGGGGGUGGAGAAGAGGAGGAGGUGAGGAUAGAAAUGGAGGAGAUGGAUGGGAGGGUGAUGGAGUUGGAGAAGGAGUGUCAAAGGAUGAGGAGAGAGAUUGAGGUGGGUGGGAGAAGCACUGAAGUACUAAAGAAGGAUAAGGGGAGCUUGUGGAAGCAAUUGAAGAGGAAGCUUGGGUGCACUAGUAGCAUUCAUAACUAUAGUUGCCAUGUUGAAAAAAAAGAGGAACAUGCUUCCAAGGGAGAUGGUUCCUCACUCUAAUAACCAUCUCUCUCUCUCUCUCUCUCUCUCUGCCAAUGGAACCAGCACUGAACUGCUAAAUCCAAAUGAGUCCAUUCCACUAAUAACUUGACAAACAAUUUUUAGUGGAUCUCAUUUUGCGUUUGUGAUUUGUUUUUGAGUUUGACAUUUUUGUGUUUGUAUCAGCCAAUCAGAAAUGG